AGCUUAACUCAGUUCUCGGAUACGGUCUGUAGGUUACAAGUGCAACAACUAUUCAUUACAGUGCACAUAACUAUCGCCGACAAAGUGAUUGCCAUCGACAUCUUCCUUAACCGCUUAGCAUCGUGUAUUACUGGUGACGUGAAAUUAUUUGUGCCGUCGAAAAACAAAGGACAUCUCAUUUAAUCGGUGCAGUUUAAUACAUGCAUAUCACAGCAUACACAAUAGAGAGUGCAUAUCGUCGUCUGCAGUGCCAAGGAAGUAGGAUCAGGAGCGGAAAGUAGGAGUGUGUACCGUGUGUACGGAUCAAAUACAAAAGGAAACUCUUGGAGCGUGUAGCAGAAAACAUCUGCAAUAAAAAAGAGUUGUACUGUAAGAUCGACUUAACCGCAAGUGCAUAAGUGAUAACAGAGAGAGUGUUAUGAUUGUGUAAUGUAAAAUUCUGCGGUUACGUUCAGAAGGAAAAUAAAAAAAACACUGGGAGAUCUGUGCCGUGUUCGGUUACGUCGCACCGUACAGCAAGUGAUUGAGUUUCAACCAGCACCAUUGUAGAGUACUAACCAACUAAUGCAUCGUUAAGCAGCAAGUCAAACAGAUAAAUUCAAAUAAACUACGUCCAACGCUGAAAGAUGAUAACCGUUUUUGUUUUAUGUGUGUAGUGAAUGACAAACCAGUUAUAAAGUGAGCGGAAACUUCAAUCGAUAGAUGAACAACAGAGACAAGAUUUGCCUUCUUUUGUAACUACAGCUGCAAAGAAGGUUCGCUCACCAAUAUAAAUUGGUAGAAUAAAAUUUCCCUCCAAAGUUAUGGUACGACAUGAUUUCAACGUCCAGUUCAUCCAGUGAUGCAACGCAGCUUCUACUGAACACAACACUUGACUCAUGUGCACUUAAAUAUGAUGAGUUUGUAGUUCCAAUCACAGUUCCUUAUUGCAAUUGGACAUGGGACGAUGUCCUCUGUUGGCCUCCCACGCCAGCCGGGAAGGCAAUACGACAACCGUGCCCCCCAGGACACGGGAUAGAUACCACAAAAUUUGCCGAAAGAAGAUGUAGCGCUGAAGGGCGUUGGGAAGGCAGACCAGGCAGCAUAUCAACUACAUUAGGAUGGACCAACUACACACCAUGCUAUAGUCGAGAGGUCCUUCAAUUAUUUAGGAAGCUUUAUUCUGGCGUGGGCGGCAACAAUGAAGCUGAUAUUAAAAUUGACAUAGCUGAACGCACGCGGACACUCGAAAUUGUGGGUUUCAGCCUUUCACUAACAGCACUAAUUAUAUCGUUGGUGAUAUUCUGCAAAUUUCGAAGUCUCCGCAACAACAGAACGCGCAUUCACAAAAACCUCUUCGUAGCCAUGGUGAUACAGGUGAUAAUUAGAUUAACGUUGUACAUCGACCAAGCAAUUAUCCGCAGUGGUAGCAAAGGAUACGGGAACGAGAGCUCCCGGCAUGGCAUAGAUAACACGCCUUACCUUUGCGAGGCUUCAUAUAUAUUGCUGGAAUACGCCAGGACCUGCAUGUUCAUGUGGAUGUUCAUAGAAGGAUUAUAUUUACAUAACGUGGUUACCGUGACGGUGUUCCAGGGCCGCUUCCCGCACACGCUGUACGCAAUGCUCGGGUGGGGAAGCCCUGUGGCACUGACCGCCAUUUGGGCUGUGACGACGGCACAAUACGUGGGUCAGCAGAAAUGCUGGUGGGGAUAUAACCUAACGCCUUAUUACUGGAUUUUGGAAGGUCCAAGAUUAGCAGUAGUUCUGUUAAAUUUCAUAUUUUUACUCAAUAUCAUAAGAGUGUUAAUUGUUAAAUUGCGUCAAAGUCACACAAGCGACGUAGAACAAGUUAGAAAAGCAGUGCGUGCGGCCGUCGUACUAGUGCCAUUAUUAGGAAUAACCAAUUUACUCAACAUGACUGAGGCACCUCUAGACAAAACGGCGCUGGAGUUUGCCAUUUGGUCGUACGUAACGCACUUCCUAACGUCGUUCCAGGGAUUUUUUAUUGCACUGCUGUACUGUUUCCUAAACGGAGAGGUCCGAAUAGCGCUAAUGAAAAGUCUCAGCGUAUACCUCUCUAUCAGAGGGCACCACGAUUGGCACGUCCGUAGGCCUUCGAUGUUUUCCGCAGCAUACGGAACUGCACCAGAAACAGAAGCGCCUAAUACCGUCGAUUCGAAUCGAGCCAGCAACGCCAGAACAAGUAGUAAAAACUGGAUUUCUAUCUGCUUCAGAGUACAAAAGGAUCCUAGCCAACAAGCGCCUGAACCGGCACCACCUGAGUCAGUCAUAUUCGAUAUUUCAGAUUGAUUUAUGUUCCCUAAAUACCAUUAUAGUUUGCAUUGGUAAUUAUUGGCAUUUUACGUGAACCAACCCAAGAAUCAUCAUACAUAGCAUUUGAACAUUUGAAAAUACAAAGAGUGGGAUUUCUUAUGUUUAGAUUGUUGCAGUAUAGUUUAUAUUAUUUUUAACUUCGCUUUCUUUGAUGUGUACUGUGUGGCACAUGUAGUAACUUAUACAUCCUAUACUCUCAUUUAAAGCUUCGUUGAAAACCUGUAAAGAUUUGCACAGUACUUGACAGUACUUGAUUAAACGCAAGCGAAUACCAUAGCUCUGUUAAAUAUAGGCCGUUGCGAAGAAAUCUAUAUAGCCUGAUAAAGAUAAACCUCAGUUAAAACUCGUUAGCCGGGCUUGUUUUAAAAGAGUUUGUUAGCUAUAUGUAUGCAAGUUCAACUAAUGUUAAUGCUUAUGGCUACCUGGGUAAUGCUAUGUUCGAACUGCAGACUGAAUAACAUUUUAUUCCGAAAUCCGACAAAACAAUUGUCAAUUUCUUUUUCUCCAAUGGUUCAUCAUUUCAACUGGAACUUGGCCUGCUUUUCAACUUAGUAUUCUAUUAGCAUUGCCUCAGUUAUUAAUUGAAAGUUUUUCUAUGCCCGCCAUUGCAUGAGUAUGUAUCUUGUGUGGCAAGUGCAUUGGAUACAGAAUGCUACCAACCCGGAAACAUCCUAAAUCGGAUCGAGAAUCGAACUCGCCAUCUCCGCAUUGGCAAUUCUUCACCUUUGCUCCCAAGGCUACUAGGGACAAUUCUCACCAAGAUAGCCGACAGGGGUUAGGGGCUCGUACACUUAUUACAUACGUACAUAUUCGUACACUUAUUACAUACGGAUCAUUUUUCUGGGUUUUUCAACCCCACCUCCCCAUGUAUGAUUUUAUUUUCAUUCACAUUAUUUUUUCUUUGUAUGAAGGGUAAGAAAACGACAAACCCCCUCCCUCCAUAAGUGCUUACUUAGUAUGUUUUCGGCCCGUUUCAAGCUUUUAGUGAAAACAUAGUAUAAGUGUUUUUCCACUUAUUAUACAACAACUAAAUAUGGAACGUACACCAAAUAUUCGUUUGUUUUUAAAUUUGUUAUUCCCAACAUUUUAAUUAUUUUUUAGCAUGUUGCAAACUAAUGAGACUCUCGUUUCAGGACAAGUGUGUGAUGUCUGCUUCGGUUAUGGCCCCUACUAACUCAUAGCUUUAUCGAACCAAACAAAAUUUUAACUCAAUCAAAUCACAUCAUCGAGCUUUUGUGAGGCUUCAAUUAAAACAAACAAUAAUCGUGAUGUAAACCAGAGAAUUUAUACUUGUUAGAUAAUAAGAGAGGUGUUAUUUUUGUAAGGUCAAGCAUGAAAAACUUAAAAUGUCGGGUAGCUUUUUUACUAACCUAACGUGAUAACAAACUAAUAUAGUAUCUAGGGAAAUCGAGGCAAAUUAUGCAGUUGAUAAAAUGUGUAAUUUAUACAUACCAAAUAUCGAAAGGAAAUUUCAAUUAAUCGAAACAAAUAUGAAAACAGCUGAGAAUGAUAAAUUGAUAGUGCUUUAUUGUGAAAGUCAACUUUUAUCACAUCAAUGCAACAAAACCAUUGAAAGAUGUUAGGUGUAUCUGAUGAAGUACGUGUAUUCCGAUGAUAUCCUAAGAAUCGUUGAAAGCCAUAAAUGCGCGAAUGAAACGUCGAUUUGACAAAUUUUACAGAAAAUUUUCAUUUUUAAGAA